AUGUCAGCUGCCGACAGAAGAACGUCGGCCUCGCACCGCCAAAGAGUCCCUCGUGCUAGCGCUCAGCCAGACGCCUAUCCGCAAAGGAAUCCUCAACCCGACCCCUACUCGCAAAGAAGCGCCCACGUCCGCGUCGAGUCGCAUCAACAUGAAUCUCGCUCUGCUACCGUCACCCGUGUCCGGAGCGUCCACAAGCCCUCUACCCACUCCAGCCAGCCCUCGAGAUCGAGGCAGUCCGAUGCAAUUCCCACCAACGUCGACCCUACUCCUGCCUGGAACCCUCAGGCUUCCUUGAUCCCUCAUACCUCUGCCCCCUUGGCAUCCCGCGUCUCCGUACCACCUCUGGCCGCCAAUGCGCCUUCUGCUCUCCAGCCAGAUCCUCUGUCGUCCAUGACCCUCGACGCUCAAGAGACUGCCGUUAUCCAGGAUCUGCUAUUCGUUUUCAUGGGCUUUGAGGGCCAAUACGUCCGCUACACCGAUGCCUACCAUCCGCACGAGGAAAAGAGUCGCCUUGCUGGCCCACAAUUUCGACUGCUACCUGGUCUGGAUCCAAGCUUGAGAGACUUGACCCUCUCUAUGUUGAGAAUGGCUACACAUUAUGCUGCUGUCGAAGCCUUUGUCGAGGUCCAGAGUCGUGAAGAAUUUGGAGCCGUCAACCAUGCCCUUUGCGCCGCCAUGAGGAAACUGCUCAAGGACUACCUGAUUCUCAUCGCUCAACUGGAACACCAGAUGCUCACCAACCAGUCUUUCACUCUCCACGUCCUGAAUCUCCACACCAAACCUACCAGCCACAUGAUGUUUCAAUUGUACAGCCUGGCUCACGAGAUAUUGAAGGAGAAUUCCAUGCUUGAAGACGAUGAUGAUGAUGACGACUUGGACGAAUCCGACGACUUUGAAAACAUCCUGGAAUCUUUGCGAGAGGGCAGAGACGCUGGAAACGUCGGGAGAAAGGUGUGCAAGGGAGGUAGCGUUUUGCGCCUCAUCACCAAGCGUUUAGCCACCAUGUCUGGUGACCCUGCCGCUCGGACCUUGCUUACCACUCUAUUGCGCGAGUCUUCCAGGCCCUAUAUGGCCAUGUUGAACGAAUGGCUCCACCACGGCAACGUUCGAGAUCCUCAUUCCGAGUUCCUGAUCAAAGAGCAGAAGAGCAUUCGUCGAGAAGGUCUGGAGCAAGACUACACUGACGAGUACUGGGAGAAACGCUACACCAUUCGUCAUGAAGAUGUGCCUCCACAACUUGAGUCUGUCAAGGACAAAGUGCUGUUGGCUGGUAAAUACUUGAACGUCGUUCGAGAGUGUGGUGGAGUCGACGUGUCGAGAGACAUGGAUGAUCAAGUCCCUCAUACGUUCGAUGAUGUUCGCUUCUUGGACAAUGCCAAUUCAGCUUACGCCUUCGCCAACUCUUCGCUUCUUACUCUCCUACUCACAACACAUGCUCUUCCUGCACGUCUUCGCAGCUUGAAGCACUAUUUCUUCUUGGACAGAUCCGACUUCUUUUCUCACUUCCUCGAACUCGGCCAUUCAGAGCUUAAGAAGCCUGUCAAGUCCGUUAAUACCGGAAAGCUGCAGUCACUUCUUGAUAUCGUAUUGCGCCAGCCUGGAAGCGUUGCAGCCGAGGACCCCUUCAAGGAGGAUGUCAAGGUUGUUAUGAAUGAGGUCGGUCUGACCAGAUGGUUGAUGCAGGUCGUCAACGUCAAAGGCCUGGAUGCCGAUGGUGGAAGCAUCACUUCCUACACACCGGCAGCCAGUGUCAUUGGAGACGACACAGACAUCACCGGCUUUGGUGCGCUUACCUUUGACUAUGCUGUUCCAUUCCCCCUCUCGCUGGUCGUCUCGAGGGUGACGCUGACCAGAUACCAACUGCUCUUCCGCUACAUUCUCUCAUUACGCCAUCUCGAACAGCUACUGGUGAGCUCCUGGAUCGAUCAUUCCAAGGUCACAAGCUGGCGCCACAAGAGUUCCGACCGACGUAUUGAAGAUUGGAAACGCAGAGCGUGGUGCUUGCGUAGUCGUAUGCUUUGUUUCGUGCAGCAGCUGCUGUAUUUCUGCUCGAACGAAGUGAUAGAGCCCAACUGGACUGCUUUUAUGACUCGACUGAGCGAGGCGGAGGCACCAGAAAGUGUGGCCGAAGGCGGAAAGGUCAAGCGUACCGUUGACGAACUGAUGCAAGACCACGUCGACUUCCUGGCCACGUGUCUGAAGGAGUGCAUGCUGACAAACUCAAAGCUCCUCAGGAUCAACUCCAAAGUCAUGACUACUUGCACAAUGUUUGCCGAUUAUACUGCGUCUUUGUCUCGGAACCUUGCUUUGAGCGAUCCGGAUCUCGCUAAGACCGAGACCGGCAAAGCGGAACCCGACCCACGUAGGAUGGAAAAGCUCGACGACCAUCUCAAACGCUUCGAGGAUAAUUUCACCAGACACCUGAAGAUCCUACUUGACGCGCUGAACUAUCUCGCUGCUACAGAGACUGUGGUAUUCCUGGGACUUUGCGCCAGACUCAGCAUAGCCAAUGAGAACAUCUCUGCUCCUCUGGGAUCAGUAUCAUAUGGCUGA